AUGACUCCCACACGAUUAUAUGACUCCCCAGUACAAUACCAGAGAGGACCUGAACGUGGAACAGGAUGGGGAGAUUCUGAUGUAGAGGAGGAGGAUGAUCAGCUUGAGGUCAUGAUGAAAGAUUCGGCACAAGGCAGAAGAAAAGGAAAUUCUAAAUACCGACAUGAGACUCUGAGUUCUCUAUCACAAACCAGAGGAAAGAUAGAUUCUGAUUAUCAAUACGAGCCUCCGAGUUCCUUAGUUGAAUCUGACAUACAGUCUCUAACCUCUUCGGCACAACACGAAAGAAGAGAUAGAAGUGCUGAUGAUCACCUGGGACCUACUCCUCGCACAAAAUCACAAAACCAUUCAAAUAAUCGUCGAGAAGAGAGCUAUCCUGAGCUAAAUGACUGGAAUAGUUUGUAUGACGAAGAUCUUGAAGAAGAUGAAGAAUCUGAAAGAUAUAUCCCUGAAGAGAACUUUCGUGUUCAGAGUUUCGGCAUCAAAGAUCCUGCACUUGUGGGAGGAAAUGAUGAGGUCCGCAGACGGAGACGUGAACAACUUGAAUCGACAAUCACCAAAACUACUUCUGAGAGCCGUGACGAGGACAACAAUCAGAGAUCUGAAGAAGAUGUAAGAACAAGCUGGCAUAAAGAUACCCCGCACAUGCUGGUUGAAGGAGAACGUAUUCAUGGAGCUCUUGGGCCAGAAGUCAACGCAUUCGACAAAUUUCUGCUACAAGAGGCUAAUAUACAAUCUGAUAAUGGUAUGCGGGCUCUGAGUAUCUCGGAGGAGAAGGAGAUAGUGCCCUGGAAGAGGUUAUCUGAUAGGAGAUAA